UUGCUGUCUUCUUAAUACAUUCGCCGAAGCAGAUGUUUUCUGUUUAUCUUUCAAUUAUAGCACGAAAGCAUCGACCGGUUAUCUUACUUUUAUUUCGGUUGUAUUUUUAGAUGCGAGUUGCACAAGGGCAAAUUCCAGAGUUCGGAGACUGGAGAAAAAAAAAUGUGUUUAUUUCUGUGAAUUUUCUUUUUGGCGACACGGCAAGUCGGCAAUCGACAUUCGACAGAGUAGAAAUUAAAAAAACAAUGGAAUUUGGCAACGUCGACUUUCAAGCAGACGACAGCUGAUUUAGGCGGGAGAAAAGCGAAGCCAACUUUAUUGUUUUUGUCAUCUUAUUUACAAUUUGAUGGGGGAAAUGGAAAAGUCGUUUAAUGAACUCGGGGAGGACAUUUAUUAUGCAUCGCAGGCUGAUACCGAAUUCGUGAAUGCCGAAAACGAAGAUGAUAGUUUGAAAACGUUUGAGGAACUGGCUCGCCUUGUUGAGGUGCAGCAGCGGUUGAUCGUAGAAGGCGACUUGCAAUUACGAAAAAUUGGUAGUCUCUCGGAGAACGAGGAAAUAAAAGACACUGACGAGUUGGUGGACAAGAUUCAGAAGGCCAGUGUCAAGAUUGAAGAAGGUACGCAAUUGUACAUGAUAUUCCAGCAGGGAAUAGAAACCUCCCAAUUCAGUCUUGCUCUUCAGUCAGCUGGAAAUGAUGAUCCGGCUGCAGAGCAAAUAGAAGAAGAACUACUGGAAGCGUCUAAUGAAUACCUUAACCUCAGCUUAAGCAAUCUGUUGGAAUCACAGCAGCUUGAAGGGAUAUUAAGCGAUAUAAGAGGGAUUCAAGAUGACCUCAAACAAAUUGAGCUGGAUAUAUCAGAACUCAAGACUAAUCCAAAAACUAGUGCUGGAUCCAAAUCUGAAAGACUCACAAGGUUGGAAGCCCAGUUAGAUAAAGUUUUGGGCAGAUAUAAUUUCUCCAGAUUCGUUACUCAACUCCUGCUAGUGGCUUCUGAAGAAAAUCUCAAUGACCCCAAACUAUCUGACUUGUUUAUCAAAUGUGGUAAAGCGCUAGACUAACGGAUAAGUGCAAUAGAUUUUACCAACGGAUAAAUGCAUUCCCUUUAAGAUUUUAUAUGUAAUUGCUAAGUACGCUAAAGCCUGGCAAAAACACUUAUCACUAUUUGUAUAACUUCUUUCAUGACAACAAGGUCAAUGUAAUACAAUAUUAAAUUUCUGUUUUGUCUAAUAAAAUGUUAGAAAAC